UCCAUUGCAUGGCUCAGCCACUAUGGCUUACCUCCCAUCCCAAGCUGGCCGAGAGGGUGGCUCCUAUGAUGAUCUCGAAUCCGACCAACCGGCGGCAUUCGAUAUCUCCGAUUACAUCUUGUCGGAUGAGGUGACGGCGCCGGCUUCCUUCGGGCAACCAGAAAGUCCAGUUCCUCCAAUGGUUGGUGUCGGCCAGACUGCUACCCAGACUAGUAGUGGAAGCAACUUAUCUGCUGCCGGCAGUAGUAGUAGUGCUACAAGGAGUGCAGUAGAAAGACUGAGGACAGACGAAGGGUCUAAGAUCGCAUUCAGGACGAAGUCGGAGGUGGAAAUCCUGGAUGACGGAUUCAAGUGGCGGAAGUACGGGAAGAAGUCUGUGAAGAAUAGCCCCAAUCCAAGGAACUACUACCGUUGCUCAACCGAGGGUUGCUCAGUGAAGAAGAGAGUAGAAAGAGACAAAGAAGACCCAAGCUAUGUGAUAACCACCUACGAAGGAACCCAUAACCACAUGAGCCCCGGCGUUGUUUACUACACGACCCAAGACAGCACCUCAGGUCGGUUUUAUGUGGCCGGUUGCGAGCUACCUCCAGGUUCGUGAAGACUGGCCGCAAUCGCUCCGCAUGACGAAGUGCUCAAUCUGGCCACUGGUGAAGUUCAAACUUCAACCCUCCUAUGAUUUGCCUGGAAAACGAAUGAUCACUUCUGUAAUUACUGAGAAUCAGCUUCCAGUAUCUUGCAUAUACUUGCCGCUUCUUGUGAGUGUUUAGCUCCUUUUCUUGGCGAAUGAAUCCUUUUCUUGCGUCAAUUUAUCUGCAAGCUUUGCCAUGAUGAAAUGGGUACGUCUUCAUAUUGGGAUUUUUGUGAACACCUAGAACAGUUCCUUUGUCUCUUCUCAGUGCUUAGUUGCUCGAUAAGGCUCUUUCCGGUGCUCGAACUGCAAUAAUUGUUGCUUCACUGAGGAGUAGAACGUUAUAGAAAUAACUAGAGCAAGAAGACCGUUAUGCUGAAAAGAUGCUUCUCUAUUAUGUGCUUGCUGGCUUCCAACUCCUUGGCCAUACAGCUUUAAUUUUUUUUUAUUGUAGAUUAAAAACGGUAUCAUUUUCUUAUGAU